AUGCAUGACCUCUCGGCAGAUGAACGCAAGCUCGCGAUCAACGAGAUCGAGGUGCUGGCCAUGAUGGACCAUCCGAACAUCGUUGCCUACCACGACAACUUUGAGCGGGACGGUCUGCUCUUUAUCGAGAUGGAGUACGUGGACGGCGGCACCCUGGCCCAGUAUCUGGCCAGCCAGGCCAAACGCAUCGACGAGCGCAGCAUUCUGGUCAUCUUCCACCAGAUCGUGUCGGCCGUGCGCCACAUGCACGAGCACAACGUGGGCGACUUCGGCAUCUCGAAGAAGAUGGCGACGCACCAGGGGGCGGCGCACACGGUGCUCGGCACGCCCUACUACAUCAGCCCGGAGAUGUGCGAGGGCCAGCGGUACGACGCCAAGUCGGACGUCUGGGCGCUCGGCUGCAUCCUGUACGAGAUGGCCUGCCUGCAGAAGACGUUCGAGGGCUCCAACCUGCCGGCGCUGGUCAACAAGAUCAUGAAGGGCCAGUUCGCGCCGAUCCGCGGCAACUACUCGCCGGGCUUCCGGCAGCUGGUGCGUGACCUGCUGCAGCGCGACCCGGACUUUCGGCCGAGCGCGGCGGAGGCGCUCUACGACCGGCUGCCGGUGCUGCUCAACCAGUUCCGCUAUCAGCGCCUGGAGGAAGGGGAGGAGGACGAGGUCACUGAGGUGCGCCUCAACAUCGAGCAUCCGUCCAAGACCAGGUCGCCCAAGCCGCCGCGCUCCGUGCUGUACUACAUGAAGGCGAGCGAGUCGUCCAUCGGGCUGCUGCCGAUCCCGCUGCCGCCGCGCGCGCGCAUCAAGGAAGUGUCCAUCAGCAGCACGCACAUGAUCGCGCUGACCACCGAGCACCUGGUCUUCACCUGGGGCGAGGGCAAGAAGGGCCAGCUGGGGCACGGCAUGACCGAGGCGUGGCGCGCCAAGCCAGAGCUGGUGAUGGCGCUCAAGACCAAGUCCAUCACGGCUUCAGCGUGUUUCGCCAGCGACAACGGCAUCGUCAUGACGUGCGGCGACGGCACGUACGGUUGCCUGGGCCCCACGGCAACUGGGAACAACACGUCCACACCCAAGCUGGUCGAGUCGCUGCUGACAGUGGACGUAUCGGCGAUCGCGUUGCGCGGCGAGGUAUACAGCUGGGGCCAGGGCCAGGGCGGCCAGCUGGGGCUCGGCCAUGAGGAGGACUGCAGCCUGCCACAGGAGGUCACCAUCCCCGAAGAGCACGUGGUGGAGAACGUGCGCUGCGGCGGCGACGGCACGAUCUUCAUCACGCAGCAGGGCUCGCUGCUCGCCUGCGGGAACAACGAGCGCAACAAGCUCGGCCUCAACCCGCGCCGUGGCCUCAUCUCAUCCAUCGCCGAGGUCGGCAAGGUGCUCGUGCCGACGCCCGUUAACAUGAUGGACAAGACGGUGACGAUGGUGCAGUGUGGCAGCAGCACCUUCACCGUGGUGGGCACUAUUGACAAUGUGCUCUACCUGUGGGGCACGCGGCGCGUACAGUACCAGCCGCGCGAGGUGCUCGCCCUGUACGCCUCGCAGGCGCAGAUCAGCAAGGGGGGAGACGCUCAGCCUGGCAGCCUGCACGCGCAGAGUCAGAACGUGUUCCUGGUCGUGGACACGACGUGCCCGCUGCCGCGCGUCAACAUGCCGCCAAGCCAGGGCUCGCAGCGCGAGCGCGAGGAGAUGCUGAACCAAGAGAUCGAGAAGCUGCGCGCCGAGCUGGAGAACCAGAAGCGGACGCAGGCGCAAAUGAUGUCUGAGAGGGUGAAGCAGGAGGAGAGGCAAGGCUGA